AUGGGGGCGGCCGAGUCCGUGCCGGAGACCUCCAUACACGAAUUCACCGUCAAGGAUUGCAACGGCAAGGAAGUGAGCCUGGAGACAUACAAGGGGAAGGUCCUCCUUGUUGUUAACGUCGCCUCCAAAUGUGGGUUCACGGAGGUUAAUUACACGCAGCUGACGGAGCUUUAUCAGAAGUACAGGGACAAAGACUUUGAGAUAUUGGCAUUCCCCUGCAAUCAGUUCUUGCGACAAGAGCCAGGUUCUAAUCAGCAGAUAAAAGACUUUGCUUGCACCAGAUUUAAAGCUGAAUACCCAGUUUUUCAGAAGGUGCGUGUAAAUGGCCCGGAUGCCGCGCCGGUUUACAAGUUUCUGAAAGCUAGCAAGCCUGGUUUGUUUGGAUCAGCAAGAAUCAAAUGGAAUUUUACCAAGUUUCUCGUGGACAAAAAUGGGAAGGUCAUUGAGAGAUACGGAACAUCGACAGCUCCAAUGUCAAUUGAGAAGGACAUCCAGAAGGCCCUUGAGGAAUAA